UACAACUUUACAGCUGUACUGAGAGUGGUUUCAUCUGGACUGUACUGCGGAGACGGAGACACAAAGUCUGUUAGAGACAGACAUAACGGACACAUACAGAGUCAGACACAAGAAAGAAGCAGCUUCAUUUGUUGCUUGAAGUCUUUGGAGGACUAUGCUGCAGUGGAGAGGACUGAUGGAUCACGGGGGGGAUUGUAACAGGGCAGUGUUGGUGUCUGUGGCCGAGUUUGACCACGGGGUGAAGCUGGGGAGGAGGCCUGGAGCCGAGAGGGACGCCAAGAGGCUCCACCGGUCCCUCAGCAAACUGGGAUUCAAGGUGGACAUCCACACUGACCUCGGCAGUGAAGAAAUCUACGAGCUGUUUCUGAAAGAGAGCCGGCGACCUGUGAAGGACUGUUUUCUGGCCGUCUUUUCGUCUCACGGGGAGGAGGGCUGCGUGUUCGGAGCUGAUGGGAAACCCGUCCGACUGGCUCGUAUCUUCAGAUAUUUUGACAACGAAUAUAUGGAGAAAAAGGCCAAAGUGUUCCUCAUACAGGCCUGUCGGGGACACGACCUGGACGAUGGCGUGGAGGUGGAUUCAGCUGGUGACACCACAGAGGGCAGCUUUUCACAGCAUCUCUCUGUUCCUGUAGAUACAGCUGUGAUGUACGCCACAGCGCCAGGUUACGGAGCUUUCAUGCACCCACUGGGAUCCGUCUUCCUCCAGACUUUCUGCACUUUAUUAGAGGAGGAAGGCAAUCGCAACCUGGAGCUGACUCGCCUCAUGACCCGCCUCUCCCACAGAGUGGCCUACACCUUCCAGGCCAAAGGUCCCGUACUGGGUGGGAAGAAAGAGAUGCCGUGCCUCCUGCACCGACUGACCAGGGAGGUGUUCCCGUUCGCUAAGCCGGGGAAAGGCAGCGGGGCCGUGGGGCUCUCAGCCACGUCACUGGUCAGCACUGAUAACGUCAGAAGACGGACUCCAUCAAUCAGUUAGACUGUAGCACGCGACUGUACGUGACUGCAUCUGAAUGUAUGAAAACAAUAUUCAUCAGCAGGAAUGUAGCUGGAUGAGAGGAGAUAAACUGCAAACAGCCGAUGUUUCUACAGAAGAACUGAGAAACCAGUUUGAAUUUUCCUCACACUGUCUUACUUCCUGUAGAUAAUCCAAAUAUGUCAUCAGGGAAAUGCCUGCUGAAAUAUUCUGCAUAUAUUGUACAUAGCUCUAUUCAAAUGUGAAAUGUACAGCUUUAUUUAAUAUUUAAUAAGUGUAAAGGAUGUGUAUGUUUGUAAACUAAAGAUAAAGAAUAAAUAGUUUUAACUUGAA